AUGACCAACAAAAAAUUUAGAGUUAUUGUGGGAAGCGAUACCGCUGGCUAUGAGUACAAGGAGACCAUCAAAAAGGACCUCGAAAACAAUCCUCUGAUUGAGUCUGUCACUGACGUUGGCGUCUUUGGCACCGACAAGGAGGUCGCUUAUCCCUUGGUGGCGAUCGAAUGUGCCGAGAGAAUUGCGCGGGGCGAAGCCGAUAGAGGCGUGUUGAUCUGUGGAACAGGACUGGGCGUCGCUCUGAGUGCCAAUAAAGUGGCAGGGAUCCGCGCAGUGACAGCGCAUGACUCGUUCAGCGUGGAGCGGUCGAUCCUGUCCAAUAACUGCCAGAUCCUGUGCAUGGGCCAGCGGGUGAUUGGCCUACAGCUGGCCAGAAGACUGGCAAAAGAGUGGUUUACGUACACGUUCGACGAGACGAGUGCGUCUGCGGAGAAGGUUGCCACGCUACUGGAGUACGAACAAAAACACCUAAAUAAGCCUAUAUCGGACAAGAUCUGA